GAAACACACUUGCGAAGCUUCUUCCUUUGGUAAAUUUCAAGUGUAAAAGAGAAAAGCUGUUAAAGGCGCAUUUUCUCGGAUCUCAGAUCUUAGAUCCCAAUUCUUCUGUAACGUUGAUCCAACAGGUGGGUGUAAUAGCUUUAAAUCUUUGCUGGGUUCUUCUUAGUAAUGGCGAGAAGGCAAGUGGGUUCAACACGACGUGUAGGGGAUGCUGGAAGCUUCCCUUUUGCUGGAGCCUUGCACUCUAAGUCUCGUUCUUCUCCUCUUUUAUCUAUCUGCCUUGUUCUUGUGGGGGCUUGCCUUCUCAUUGGCUACGCUUACAGUGGUCCAGGUAUCUUUAAAAGUGUUAAAGAAGUCAGCAAAGUUGCAGGUGACUAUUCCUGCACAUCAGAAGUCCAGAGAGCCAUUUCUGUCCUUAAGAAGGCUUAUGGAGAUGGGAUGCGCAAGGUUUUGCACGUUGGCCCUGAGACUUGCUCAGUUGUUUCCAGCCUCUUGAAAGAAGAUGAUGAGACUGAAGCAUGGGGUGUCGAACCUUAUGACAUCGAGGAUGCUGAUUCUCACUGCAAGAGUCUUGUCAGCAAAGGCCUUGUACGUGUCGCUGACAUCAAGUUCCCUCUCCCCUACAGGGCGAAAUCCUUCUCUCUUGUCAUCGUCUCAGAUGCUCUCGAUUAUCUCUCACCCAAGUACCUUAACAAGACCAUGCCUGAACUCGCUAGGGUAGCUUCAGAUGGUGUCGUUCUUUUUGCAGGUAUCUUUAUCCUAAAGAAUAACAAAUGUUUUUUCAUUCUCGAUUUGGUUUCCCUACUCUUGAGCUUCAACUGUUCUUAGGUCUCCCUGGUCAGCAGAGAGCUAAAGUUGCUGAACUGUCUAAGUUCGGUCGCCCUGUAAGUUUACUUUACCCUGUUCUCCUUAUUGUUAUAUAUUACACAACCCUUCCUCGUUAUGUAAUAAGUGGCAUUACCAUAGUUUAUGUAGUUAGCCAUGAUCUAAAACCAUGACUCUCGAAAGUUGCAUUUUUAAACGCAUGCUUAAAUGACAUUGUACCUACAAAACUAUUCCUGAAAAGAGACUGCAAAGUAUACACGACCUAAUAC